AUGAUACAUACGAUUGUGACACCGGCAUUUUCUUCUACAUUAUCGGGUGUGGGAGCGACUGGUCUGUUGAAAGAGCACCUGCUACACCCUGUCGUUGAGGAAAUGGCAUCGAUAGACUCAGAUACGGGUGAUUUAUCGACUUCGCCAAGUUCGGUUAGUAGCGACUUACCAGUUACAUCAAAGACAAUGUUACAGAAGGCAGUAGAAGGACUUACUCAGAAUGUGGACCCAUGCAGCUUGAAGCAUCACUCAGACUGUUUAUUAGACGACUUUAACGAAUCGCUAUCGGAAAAUUCGAAGUUGACUAUGUUGCCGAACUACAAUAUUAGUCCAACAGGCAACGAAGAGGGAAACUACCUAAUCAUAGAUGUAGGAGGGUCAACUCUUCGUGUGGCGGUUAUACGAAUCGAUCCAUUUGUCAAUGAAUCAGAAGAUCGUUCUGAACGGGUUCACAUUAUCAUCGAGAAGAAAUGGCACAUUAGUGACUCGUCGAAAACUAUCGAUUCAGAGUUUUUUAGAUGGGUCAGUUCAAAAGUAUAUGAAACUUUAGAAGAGCAAGAUUUGAUAAGGGCUGAAGAUUUGGUAAUUAACACGGGUAUCUCUUGGUCGUUUCCUUUGGAGCAGGUUUCUCACAAUUCUGGGAAAAUCGUGUACGUUGGAAAGGGUUACACCAUUGCAUCUGAUAUUUACAAUCAAGAUUUAAAAUUCAUAUUAGAGAAAUCAUUAUCGGACAAUUACAACAUUACUAUCGAUAUCAAAACUAUCAUCAAUGAUUCGUUAGCAGUGUAUUCUGCCGGUUCAUUCAUGGAUAAGCAUAUGAAAUUAGCGCUUGUUUUAGGAACUGGAUUCAACAUGUGUUGUUCUUUACGUACUGGUAAUUUGCAUGAGCAGAAGAAAUUAAAUCAGGAUGCGAUACUUCUUAAUACAGAGUUAUCUCUUUUCGGACACACAUUGAUUUCUGACUUAGCAAAUAAAUAUGAUAGUAAAAUUGAUAAAAGAUUUGAUUUUAAGGGUGGCGAUCUUAACUUCAAGCCGCAUAUGACGGUUGAUCCAUUAACAAAUGAUAUUUUUCAACCUUGUGAGUUAAUGACUAGUGGUAGAUACUUAUCUGAAUUAACUAGGUUAAUUUUAAUUGAUUUGAUUGAAGCAAAGGAAAUUUUCGCUGAAUUGGAUGAUAAUGACUUAUGUCCGAUUUUUAAGAAUUAUGAGGGUAUCACUGGUCAAUUAAUGUGUUACAUAUCAGAAGUUGAGGAUGAAGUAUUGAUCACUGAAAAGGUAUGCGAAGAAUUUGGCUGGAACAAAUCUUUGAUUACACUUUCUGAUAUAAGUAAGUUAAAAGUGGUUGUUAAUAGUGUCAUUCAAAGGGCUGCAUUUAUUGUAGCAAUCACGAUGGUUAGUUUCAUAAAACUAUUAGACCAUCAUAAUGGGUGCUACGGACAAGACCUACUUACAAUAGGAUACGUCGGAUCGGUAUUACUACACUUUAAGAAUUAUCGGAAGUUAAUAUUGAAAUAUGUAAACGACAAUGAGGAUAUUAAACGGUUGAAUAUCAAAAUAGAUUUUAAAUCAAUCGACAACAGUUCGAUUGUUGGUGCUGCAAUUGGCGCAGCAUAUUAUAAAUAA